AUGGGCCAAUCACUCAACGAUCCCUUUACUCAGGAAAUUGAGCGGCUGAGAGUCGAUUAUGAGAGAAAAAGAGAGCAAUCUAACUUGGGUUCUGCUGGUGGCCGACAGAUAGUCGAUCUCAGUAUCGACUUGGAUGAUGGUGUGUUGUGCUACACGUAUUGGUACGAGCACCAGUGCAUCCGGCUUGCUGAUAUUCCUGGCACCCUUUCGGGGGAUAUCCUGCGCCUACACCAAAACCUCCCCAGCUCAGUCGACAACGGAGACCACGAAAUAAUUGGUGACGAUAUACGCCUCCUCAAAAAUGUGCCACCACUUCCAGAGCUAGACGACGACUCUGAGGAUCUUGAUACAGUUCUUACAUCACUCCCAAUCGUGUGCAAAGUUGAUGCCAGCCGACAUUUUGUCAAAAAGGGCAAAUAUAAGAGUGAGAUUGAGAAUCUGCUCAAAUGCCAAGGUGGAUCCUGCCCAGGAGUGCCCAUAUCGUCUCACAUCAUUCAACUGCUGGGAAAGUCGCCAGAGGGCAUGUUGGUUUUUGACAAAUUCGUGCCCCGAUACUUCAUCUUGGGGUCCAUUUAUCCACUUUCUGUCUACAAGGAUUGGAUUUUGCAGAUAAUUUCUGGAAUGAAGCAGCUUCAUUCCCUUGGGAUUGUUCAUCGCGAUCUACGCAUUGACAAUGUUGUCUUCUCCUCUGACAAAUCUCGUGUGCUCAUCUGUGAUCUCGAGAGUCGUUGGGGAAAUCAUCUGGCUCCAGAGGUUUCUCGGGGGCCAGUGUUGGACGCUGGCUGGACUGAGAGAUCGGACAUAUAUGACCUGGGAUAUCUUAUAAAGGGCUUGGUAUAUGGAAACUCUCCAGUGACAUUUGCAGUAGAGUGGCCUGUUCCUCCGACUCUGGCAGCUGUUGUGGAGGCUUGUACUUGCGAAAGACCUGAAGAGCGCCCCAGUUUGGAUGAUAUUUAUGCUAUGGUUGACAAGAUCAAGACUACUUAA